AUGGAACCACCGAAUGAGGGAUGGACUGGACGCCGCCUGCGGGACUGGUCAAGCUCUACCUCCUGUGAACUGCAAGGGCUUCUCGAUGCUGUUAGCCUACUUCUAAGAACCAGAAGCAAUGGACUAGUUAUUUGUGACUCGCAGUCUGCCCUCUCCUCCCCAAAGCCUGAGGCCCGUAACCUAGUCAACCACAUACUGCACCAUCUAGUCACGGCCAUUAGACAUGCACUUGAAAUACAAUUCCUAUGGAUUCCCUCGCAUGUUGGAGUAGCAGCUAAUGAUGUUGUGGACCAUCUUGCCAAAGCUGCCUGUAGGCUUGCCCUACCUGCGGCAGACGCCUCGCCAGCAACCCUCUCCCACUACAAGCGGAGGAUCCGUGCUUAUGCUCACUUGUCAACCACCCGGCGCAGGAACGCCGAGCAGCCAGCGAGCGUAAGCAUCCAGCACUACGACCAUUUCGCCUCUCGUCCCUACAAGUACCGACGCCGCGGUCUGCUGGUAAGAAGACACAAUGUGGUGGCUGCCCGGCUCCGUUUAGGCUACAGACCAGUGUGGCAGGUGGGCGAGGCAGAGGACGUGCCCUCACCGUGUAAGUUGUGUGACGCACGCAAUGCGAACCACCUCCAGCAUUACUGCCUCGAGUGUCCAAAAGUUUCUGACCUCAUAUCAAACAGAGACUCUGUCUUAGACAUCUACAAGUACUUAUUAGCAGAGGACAAUCUAGAUGUAAUACUUUUGCAAUACCCAUAUUUUGCUGGCUGUUAA